AUGAAUAAAUAUUUUAUUAUUAUUAUUACUAUAUUAAUUACAAUUUUAAUCCAUACCACAAUAAAUGGUAUUCAGUUAAUAAAUGAGCAAUAUAGAAUAGAAACCGUAUCAAAUACAUUAAUACACAUUCGAGAUAUUCAAUCUACAAUAAAAUGUUCCUUUUGUAAAGUGAUAGUUAAUGCAGUUAGAAAAAUUAUGACAAAACUUUCAACAUUUCAAAUGAUUCAUUUAAUUAUUCAUGAAAUGUGCUCUGUAGUUGAAGAUCAUACAGUAGAGUGUUAUGAUGUGGCUUCACAAAUAGUUGAUUCUUACAUUAUAAUAUUCAAUAGAACUGAAGCAUUAGAUACUUGUAUGCAAGUCAGUUUUUGUAGCUGA